AUGAGUCUGGACUGGGGACCCUUAGGUAAUGGCAACGAGGGCAGCGUCGCUGGAAGUUGUCACUGUGAAAGAAUCUCUUCGAGCUCCCCACCAAAGGUUAAGUUAGUGGACUAUCUCCGAAAACACCUGAAAACCUACGAUCGCUGUCGAUCCUAUGUCAGGUUCCAGCUACGUUCCCAGAGCGUGUGUGGGGGCAGCAAUGACCAGUGGGUUCUUGAAUUGGUGAGCUGCUUUGAUCUCAGAGAAUGUUGGAAGUGCUUAUUGGAAGAGUUCGAUCCAUCAAGAACACUCACUUCACCCCAGUACCCUGAUCCUGAGCCCACAGAGGGGCACCUCCAUAUAACAGCACUCCUGCGCAGAUUCAGCAUACCACCCUUCUACCAGGAUCACUGCCCUUGGACAAAGCGUUCACCCAUAUCAUUGACUACGAUGCCCACUUUGGGCUAUAGUCUAGAAACUGGGCCUGAGGCUGAGGGGAACCAUAAACGUCUGGAAGAAAAAGCAGGUCCGACAGCUGGGACAUCAAUCAUAGCGCCAGUACUGUCUCUCCUGGUCAUCAUCUUCUUCCUCACUGGAGUCCUCUUGUACGUGCUGUGUAAGAGGAAGAGGAGCAGUCGCAGCAGUACACUCCAGGUGAACUGACUUGUUAACCUCUCCCCCAGAGACCCAGAAAGUUCCUGGCAGGUAUCCUGCCUCUAGCAGUUCUCAGGUGGCUGGAAACCUAACCCAGGCACACAUAGGCUGCACUAUGGACCAUAGGCUGUGAAGGAAAGAGGGAAGCCACCAUAGGACUAGGGAUCAGUGCUUGGAAUAACAUGAAAAAAAGAUGGCAGCUAAGCAGGCUAGUGGGAGAUGAUGCUGUGAAGGCAAGGGCUAUUUAUUCAAUUCACAAGUCUAUAUUAAGCACUUACUAUGUACUAGAUCCUAGGAUUAAUGUCUUAGCAUCUGAUUCUCCAGUUUAAGCUAUAACCCCCUUCCCCCAACUCUUGAUCUCAGAGCUCUUCUCUCAAUUUCUUUAUCCUUUCCAGAUUUGAAGCACCAUUAUAUACCUGUGACAUCAGACUCCAAUGCCUGAAGCCAAGAAUGGAAAGCUUGUGAGACUACCUACAUCU